GCGGCCAGAGGAUCUUCAGUACAGUGUGUAAAUUACAGCGAGAGCGGGCCGACCCAGUACUGCUGCUGUUCCUGCUGUCUGUCUGAGUUCAUCUGCCGCUCAUCUGCUUGUUUUUAAGCUCGGUUAGGGAGACUGGAAGCUGCUGGAUUUAAUCUAAAACACAUUUCCCCCUGUUCUUUCUGAAUAAACUUCAUUUAGUCCGUGACAGACAUGAUGAAGUGAUGUGAUCUGAACAGGAGUCAUGCUCGCCACACAGACCGCUGACUCUGUCCCAGAGGCCAAGAAUGCCAAGCAGUGGAUUAAGGAGAAGAUAGCGCAGACGCUGAAGGCCCUGCAGAAGCGCUAUGUGACUACAGACGCCGCGGUGACCAGCGAGGAUUUGGAGGCCAAUCAGCUCUGCUGUGCUCUGGAAGCAGUUUUGAUCCACGGCCUGCGGAGCAAACACAUCCGCACGGACGGAGCCGGGGCCCGCGGCCGCAAGGGCCCAGCCCUGCCUCAACCCGUGUUCUGGAGCCUGCUGAAGAGCGUUACUCACAGAGAUGUGAUCCUGGAGCUGGAGGGUUUGAGCUUCAUCAACACGGAUGUAGGCCGCUGUCGGGCGUGGGUUCGCCUGGCGCUCAACGACGGUCUCCUGGAAUGUUACCUGAUGUCUCUUCUGCGUGAGGACACCAAGCUCAGUGUGUAUUACCAGCCUGGAGCUCUUCUCCUGGACCCUGAGGACCGCGAGGUUCUCCUCAGCCUGCUGCAGGGCCUCGCCUCCCUGGCCUUCACCCUUUCCUACAAAUCGGCCGUGCUGAACGAAUGGACCACCACUCCGCUGGCCCUCGCCGGCCUGUGCCCCGCCUCUGCGGCUGAUGACUUCCAGCUGCCCUCCAGGAGGAAGGAAUCCUGGGAUACAGCCUCUCAGUCAUCCGGGGGAUCUUCUUCUGGUGGGUCCGCAAACUCCGAUGGGGCUCCUGAGGUGAUCCACAGGGGGCUGAGCAAGGGAAUAAAUGGGGCCGGUGGGGUGCGGACCCCGCUCACAGCGUCUGAUCUGAGCCUGGACACGGCCGGGUCCUCCCAGCUGUCCUCCAGCCUCGGUUCUGACGGACCACUGCAGGCGCAGGAGCAGCGGGGCCUGGAGAGAGAGAGCUGGAGCAGCCAUACGGAGCUCGCCCACGAGGAACAGCAUAAGAGCACGCUCAGAAAGGGCAGCAGCUCCUCCAGCCAGGACCUUACCAAGGAAGACGUGGACAUGGUGAGCCCUCCUUCAGACAGCACCAACACCACCCACAGCAGCAGCGAUGAAGACUCUCCCAGACCUUCCUCACCCAACAAACAGCACACACCUCCACCUCCUCCACCUCUCUCCGCAGAUACGUCUGGACCUGAUACGCCCUCUACUGUUCCAGAGGAGGAGAUUACAGCAGAGAUUCCAUCUAAACCAGAACCAGAACCAGAACCUGCGGUGGUGACGAGACCUGCAGCCACAGAACAUUCAGUACAACAGGAAUCUCAAUCCAAACCCUCUGUUUCCUCCACCCCUGCUGUUCCCACCAGCACCAUCUCUAACUCAGUGACCCCCAGAAAUCCUCCAGUAGCCUCUGGUGCCCUCAGACCAGAGGAGAACCCUGGACGCUCCUCUGCCCAGCGCAGCUGCAGCGUCGUCAGCAGGAAAACAUCUUCAGGCUCUCUUUUUAAUUCUCCGUCGUGGAUCUCGGAGGAGGACUUCUAUAAGCCAGACCCGUAUGGAAGUGGUGAUUCUGAAGGGCCCGAUGUUUCAGACGUUACUCAGAUGAACGGGACUGUUUCUCCUGCUUCUCCUGAACCGGCGUCCCAUCAGUCACCACCCUGUGUGGUUCAUCGCAGGCAGAUCGGGCUGUCUAACCCAUUCCGUGGCCUGUUGAAGCUGGGUCAGCUGGAGCGCCGGGUGACCCUGGGCAUGUGGAAGGAUUUCUACUGUGAACUGUCUCCCUUUGAGCUGCGGCUGUACACCGACGCUGAGGAGCGCAGCUGCUGUGAGAACUGCUCUCUGCUGCGCUGUGAGGAUGUGCGCCACUCCUCCGCGGCGGAGGGACGCUUCCGACUCAGUUUCCCAGGCAAGAAGCUGGAACUGCGAGCUCCAUCCCGGGGCGAGGCCGAGGACUGGGUGGACCGAAUCAUGGAGGCGGUCAAUAAGGCCCGACCUGCGGCUCGAGAUGAACACUGGGAAGUUCUUCAGGCGUCUCCAGUUUUGGGAGAUCGCCCUGGUGACCGAGACAACUCCUCUCUUUCCUCCACACCCUCCAGCCCCGAGAGGGAGCCAGCCGAGCCUCCAGAGACAGAUUGGACCCGUCCAGCUGAUCCGGAGCCGGACGCUAUUAAGGAGGCGGUGGUGUGUCUGGGUCAGGAGGAGCGAGGCUGGAGAUCCCUGGUCCUCUCCCUCUCUCUGGAGGCUCUCAGAGGUUUCUCUGUGCAGGAGGGCCGUAAGAUGCCUGUUUUCAGUCAUCCCAUCGAGGCCGUCCGGGACGUGGUUCCAGACGCAGCUCUGGGAGGACCGGCCUUCUUUAAGGUUCUGAUGGGAAAGGAGACGCUGACGGUGAGGGCCGAGAGCGGGGAGGAGGCGCGCACCUGGAGGAGCCUCAUCAGAGGAGCACUGGACUCCUACCUGGAGACUCAGGACGACGGGAUGGCAGAGGAGGUGAUGUCUCCCGGCGGUGGACAGGGAGGAAAUAUCAACAGGCUGGUCCAGCAUAGGCUGAAGGGAGAUGGUGUCCUGCUGCCUUACCUGACCACUGUGCCUACAGAGAGAGGACUGGACGCCCAGAGCUUCAAGUGUGCAGGAUGCCCCAGACAGGUUGGUGUGUCUUUGGGUCGUGCCAGGCUGUGUGAAUUCUCAGGUCAGUACUACUGUGAAGGCUGUCACCAUGGCGACACCACCAUCAUCCCCUCCCGCAUGGUGCACAACUGGGAUCUGACCCCACGUGAGGUCUCCGGGCCAGCUCUGAAGCUGCUGGCGAAUAUAAAGCAGGAGCCGCUGCUGAACCUGGACCUCCUAAACCCUGAUCUGUUUAACCACACUGAAGUCAUGGCAGCAGUCCAGUGCCUCAGGCAGAAGCUCCGCCUCCUCGGAGAUUACCUGCUCAUCUGCCGCAGUGGAGUCCGCAAGAAAAUUGAGGCCAGGCUGAAUCAGAGGAUGUAUCUGCUGGAGUCCAGUAGUCUCUACAGUGUGUUGGAUUUAAAGGAGAUUGCAGAUGGUCAGUAUGAAGGCUUCCUGCAGUCCCAGAUCCAGUUCUCAUCCAGCCACGUGCAUCACUGUGACCUCUGCACCCAGCGAGGGUUCAUCUGCCAGAUAUGCAACACGGACGACAUCAUCUUCCCAUUCCAGUUCGAAACCACGACCAGGUGUACGGUGUGUAAGACGGUGUUCCACUCGUCCUGUAAGGCCCAGAAUCUGUCCUGUCCUCGCUGUGAACGCCGGCAGAGAUACCACGAGAGAGUCCUGCUCAGAUAGCUGCAUGCUGGCUGCAUGUCUGGGUGCCUCGCUCUGACGCCUGCAGACCUGAUAUUUAAUGUUAAUGUGUUUAUUAUUUUUAAUGUAGUCUUAAGUGCACUUAUUUAUAGAACUGUAAAUACUUCACUCUCUGACUGCGCACUCUCUGAGUGUGCCGCUUAGCUGAUGGUAUGAUUUUAGGGGUGGGGUGGCGAGGUGGUGGGAAAUGCUACAACUUGCACUGAGAGACUAAUGCUGCUGCUUUCUCUGACUAUUGAUUAUUGACUAUAGACCAGAUUAUGGUCCUGUUUAUCUGUCAAUUCCUCAGAUUGACUCUCAAAUAACUGGAUUACUAUAAUCUUUAAACUUCUGUACAGAAACAUUCAGAGAUUGUGCAAGCUUGGGUUUAGAAUCACGUGCAUUUUGCCAAAGGCACUUUCAUUUGCUGUUUUAUUUGCAGCAUCAGGAGUUUCUCUUCUCACCUCAACUCGGUUGAAGUUGGCUGCCUGUGGGAAUUUUCCAUUCCACCUUAAAUAAAAAGAAAACAGUGCAACAGUUCUCUACUAGCGCCCUCUGCUGCAUUAUUUCUUUUAUUGAAUAAGCAUAAAAAAAUCUGAAUGAGAAGCUUUUUUUCACGUGUUAUUUUAAGGUAAAAUGGAAAAAUCUACUGCAAGUCAACUAUUUAAGGUGGAACAGAGGAAAAUUCGCAUGAGAUGCCAACUUCUGCCUUUUAUUUUUUUAUUUAUUUAUUUUAUUUUAUUUUUUCCGAAGCUGUCAAAAGUUCUGCCACGGAUCAGAUCACGCAACUCUCCUGCUUUUUAUAGACCUUUUUUAACACUUCUUUUUUUUAUAUAUAUAAAAAUAUCUGUUUACAGACCAAACACUAGUCUUAACUGAGGUUAAGCUGUAUUUUAAUACUUCAGUAGCAUUCUAGCUUUGAACUUUUAUAUCUAUUUAUCAAUGUAAGGAAUAAUCUUUGAUGACUUCUCGUGCCUCUUGCCUCUCGUGUUUCUUACAUGUUUUUAUUUGUUCUCUCAUACUGUACAGUUUUCUUUGUAUCUUAACUCUAUUGUGCCAAAUAUAAUAUUAUAUUAUAUAUAAUUAUUAUAAUUAUAUAUAUAUAUAUUGAGAUAUUUAGGCUGAGAGCAAUUAGUAGGGAUAAUGUAGUCAUUGUCUCUCAGAUGGAAUAAGUCAGUCAGAAGAGGCUCUCUAGAUCUUGCCUAUUCUAUUGCACUAAACUGGUUAUACUGGCAGGGCUGUUUGUGUCCAAGGUUGCCAGUAAUGCAGUAUAAAAGAGAAAGAAGAGAUCCACUUCAGCUUCUUCAGUCUUUUUCUCACAUUUAAAAUUUAAAAUGUGUGUAUAGCCCUAUCCGGACGGGAUUAGUUUCUCAGGGGGUGUCUGUGAUAAAACUCCUGCAUCCGGACUACAAUUGAAAAAAAAAAACAGGAGGACCAGUGAGUUUUUAGGCUUUUUUUCUCGGUCACAUGACAUCAGUAGCGUUCAGUAGCUCCUCCAUUUCCACUCGCUGUUGUGUUUUUUUUACAUGGAUCUCCGUGGAAACCUAAAGUGUAAUUACGGUGCACGCCAGUUGACAAAUAGCUAUUUUAUUAAAUGUGAGGAGACUAAAAUUACUGGAGGACCUUGCAGUUCAGAGAAAAACAGUAGAUAAUUCAGCCUGUAAUUUUCUCAGAGGACGUCCGGACACAAAUAAAAUUACAGAGGAUAAAAAAAACCCAUAAAAGAGAAAAUUACCCCAGAACCCCUGAGAAACUAAUCCCAUCCGGAUAGGGCUUAUGUCUCUGUUUACUCUCUUACACACACACACUGCUCGCUUCAGAUAUUUUUGUAAUAUCUAUUUUAUUUUCUAUCAUCUGUUCACUAAACAAAGAAACAGUGAAUAUUUGUGAAUGUUGUUUCAGUGAUUAUGAUGAUAAUGUUUGUUUUGGUGCACAAGAAUGUCUGUCUCUCUCUUUCCUUUUUCCACGUUUAAAUAUAAUUAAAAGUAUAUUUUAUAUUUCUCUUAGUGAUUUUUAUGAUCAGUUCGGUUCAGUUUGUAAGUAUGACCUCCUCCAGUAGGAGGCAGCAUCGCCUCAAUGACUAAAUGAAGGGUGAAGAGAAGUGCGGUUGAAACCACAGUGCAAUAAAGAAAUGCAUGUCUUGCACAGCGAGUAGCAGAACUCUGCCAGUCUUUGCCGACUUCACACAAACUCACUUGAACUCAGAUCAUUAGCAGCACUUUGUUUUUGCUUGAAUGUGUAUAAUUGUUAUUAUAUAGAUCAUAAUCACUUUAUAACUGAAUCAUUUUGGGCUGACUGAUCAAAGCUCUUGGACUCUACUGGUGCUUCUCCAUUAACUUUGCCUAUUUUUCAUCAAAAAUUGAUUAAAAUAUGGAUGAUAAAAGUGAA